AUGAAAGAUCAAAAAACAUUUAAUAAAGUAUUAGAAAAUACAUUAUAUCCAGAUACUGAAAAGUGGAAACUUUAUUCAAUAGUGAGAUGUUUAUAUGAAACUGAUGAUUUACAAAAGGCUGAACAAAAAUGUAAAUUGUCAGAAGUUACAUCUGAUUUGCAAACGGAUAAUCAAGAGGUUGAGAUUUCUAAAAGAAAAAUAACAGUGCCCCGUCGAUUUAUAUCAAGUGAUGAGGAAGAAAAUGAUAAUAUUUAUAUUCGGCCUCCAAAAUUAAAAAGGAAAUUUUUUAAUACAAAUAAAAAUACUGGAAAGAAUAUUCCGAUUUCUGAUCAAUAUUCAUCUGAUGUAGAUUCGCCGAAAACCCCAGAUUCUGUUCCCGAUGCAGAUUCUGCUAGUAGUAGAACUGAAGUAAUAGAACAAACUACUGCUUUUCUAUGUACAAUUGGUGGACGAGAUAUCUCUACAAAAAUAUCAAGAAUUUUGAGAUACCUUUUUACAGAUGCAUUAGCAUCAGAAUUCAGUUUCUAUGGGAAAAGGUUAAAUAAACGACCCUUUUCAGAUUUAUGCUUAAAGACUGUAAUUGUAGAAUCCAUCAAACGUACAUCUGGAGUGACUAACAAGGAAAUAGAGGAUGGUAUUAAGAUUUGGCUAAAGCACGCUCCUGACAGACAGAAAAAUCAAAUGAAAAGAAAAAAGCAGGAUGACGAAAAUAAUAAUAAUAGAAUAGACAAUUUUUAUUCUGAUAAGGAAAAAAAUUAAAAAAUGGCUGGAAAAAUUGAAUAUAAAAAAAAGAAUAUUGUAAGUACUCGCCAAUUAUAUCGACGAAGUGCAGUAGAUAUACGAAAUACUUGGAAGGAGAUACAGGAAAAAAAGGUCAGUCAAAAUAUACCGACAAAUAAAAAAAGACAUGAACAUGACAUUGAUGAUAAUAUUAAUAGAAUUCACGAUUUAAGUACAAAUAUUAUAGGAAUUAAAAAAGCAAAAAUCCAAGAUAGUUCCGCUAUUAAUUUUAAUCACAACUUAAAUGAUUUCAUUAGUAUUAGUGAAACUUAUGACUGUGGAAGUCAAGAUCUCAGAUCUCUAAUUUAGAUCUCAGUAUUAAUCAAAUAUUACACAACUAUU